UCGAGAUCUAAUUAAUGGAAGAUAAACGCCUUGAAAAACGCAAAGAAUUUCUUAACCCAGUCAAGGACGGCAGAAGCAAAAGAGAAAAGUACAUGGUCGACCUCAGGAAGAAAAGGAAGCAGCAGAUUUUCAGAGCUAAGAGGAAGAUAGAACUUUCUGAGGAGCAUAAAUAAAGAAUCACUAAGACUUAGUAUCACUGAAGAGGGUACAAUCACCCAGACUAAGAAAAGUUCAGGCAUGAUGAAAGAAUACGCAGAAGUUUUGUAUAAUAUCUGCCCUGCUCUAUUUGAAGAUGACAAGAAGCUUACAGAUAAACUGGGCGUUGUAAAGGCAGCACUUGAGUGCAAUGAGUUCGAUGGGCAGACCUACAUUGCUCUUUGAUGCUAUAUUAGAGUCAUUACAAUGACAGAGAAUGUCAUGUUUACAGAAGCUAUCAUUGGAGCUGGUCUCUUCCCAGUUAUAAUGAAAAUGGCUGAGGCUGACUCUGUAGAAAGCCUCAUGUUGGAACUCACCUGGAUUAUAGCAAAUCUGACUGCAAUUGAAAACAAGGAGCUUCUAGAUUAUAUUCUAACUGAAGAUUAUGGGCUAAUCAAGCACUUAAGCAAUAUGAUAAACCAUAAAAAUAUUAAGAUAGUGGAGCAUGCUUUCUGGGCAAUGGCAAAUCUUAUGGUAGGAGAUGAUGCUCCCUUCCAGGAUAUUUUUACUACAAAUAUUUUUGAUGUAGUUGGUGAUUAUCUAAACAAUUCAAAACUCCCUCUUUCCUUGUUAAGAGUCAUAUCAUGGAUGGUGGGAAGCAUGGCUAAGUGAAAGACAAGAUCAUUAACUUUUAUUGCUACUCUAAUCGAGUUUUGUAGCACAGCUAUGUUCAGUACUGAUGAAGAAGCUCAACAAGAGUCUUUACAUUGUCUCAAGCACCUUAUUGAUAUUGAAGAGCAAGAUAAAAAGCUGGAGCUUGACAAAAUUGAAUGUAUCUCAGAGAUGAAUAUGAUGACUAAAGUAUUCGAAUUCUUCAACCCAGAAGAUAAAAUGUUCACCACUGUUCUGGUCAUCAUUGGUAAUCUAAGUGCGUCUGACAGUGAGAAAAUUCAGAACCAAAUUUUUAAAGAAAAAAUUUAUAAUAGAGCAGCUGAACUGAUCUCUCAGUAUAAUUUACCACCUUCAAAUAUAAAGGAAUUGUUCUGGAUAUGCGCAAAUAUGGCUAGCUGUGGAGAUAAAUUUGCUGAAGGGUUUUAUGCCUCACCCAUGUUCCAAGUCACAAUAGAUUACAUUGAAGACAAACCUAUGAGCGAUACAAAAAGAGAAGCUUGCUGGUGCAUCUGUAACUUUAUUGCUAAAGUAGGCACUGAUAUAAGGAUAGAAGUCAUUAAAAAUCAUGGUUUCAUUUCUUUCAUGUUUAAUUUGUUAAAAGAAGCAAAAUCAUUUGGAAAACUUCCUGAGACAAUUCUACUCUCAAUAUCAAAUCUUUUAUCGACCCAUACAUUUUUCUUAGAGAAUGAUGAUAAACAUCCCUUGUUUGAGUUCCAAUCAAUUGGAGGAAUUGAGCAUUUAGAAGACCUUCAGACGCUCCCAAAUGUUAACAUAUUUUCUUUAUCAAAUAAAAUCCUAAAGACAUUCUAUCCAAAUGGAGAAGAAGAAGAGAUGUACAACAAAGAAGACAUUGAGCCAGAAGUAGAAGAAGAUGAAGAAAUUAAUGACAAUCAAGACAUUUGUUUUUAA